UGGGAGAAGAUACUUGGUUGGCCCCUGGAACAGGAGAUGGUUUCAUGCAAAUCAUCCUCCUCCUUCGAGCGCUGCCGAUUUUCCCAAAUUUUAUAUAUUCUCCUCGUGAACUCCCCUUCCAUCGUCGAAUCAUCUUCCCCUUCAUCAAUUAUAAAAAAUAUCGCGAAUACCUCAGACUUUGACUCAUUUACAUCAUUGACCUAAUUGCAAGAUCCACCAGUGAAAUUCGAAAUGGCUCGAAACCUGUCACCAGAGGAGAUCCAAGUCUUCAAAGAGCUCUUUGACUCAUAUGACACUGAUAAGGGCGGCAACAUAAGUGUGGAAGAGUUUGCGAAAGUGAUGUCCCAGAGCCCUGGGAAGCAGCCCACAGAAGAGGAAGUCCAACAAAUCAUAAAAGAGGUGGAUCUUGACGGUGAUGGAACUAUCAAUUUCAAUGAGUUUAUCACGAUGAUGACAGGACAGCCCUACCCGCCGGUAGAGAAAGCAGAAGUUGACUAUGUUAAAGCAUGGAAGCAAUUCGAGCCUUCUCUCAAUGGUUCUAUUACACAGAGCCAACUCCGGCAACUUGUAGCCGAAUUGGGAGAGUCUAUCGGCGACGUAGAAGUGGAUCAAUUAGUCAACAACAUAGAUGGAGAAGGCAAGAUCACUUUCCGGGAGUUCGAAACUUUCAUGAAGAACCGAAGUCUGGUGGAUGAGAUUGUGAACGGUUAUCGGUGAUCAAUCUGAUAUGGCGCUCCUAGCACAAAGCUAUGGAGCACAAGAAUUGAAUCAGGGAUAAGAAACGAAAAUUAUAUUGUUGAACUACCUUAGGUAGGAAAUGAUAUAGCGAAGUUCAAAAAUAAAGCAUGAAAAACAAGA